AUGGACUGUAAAAAUGCACCCGAGAACAUCAAGGAGGUCAAUAUUCCAAGCUCAAAUGCCUCUCUGCCACCCUCCACAUCUGGCACUAACUCCUUAGGACAACAGACUGGGGGAACCUUGGGGCGACCUGCAGCAGCCAAUGCGGCCCGAGAGCGUAGCCGAGUGCAGACCCUGCGACAUGCCUUCUUAGAGUUACAGAGAACUCUGCCCUCUGUACCACCUGACACAAAGCUCUCCAAGUUGGAUGUACUGCUUCUAGCCACCACCUACAUUGCCCAUCUCACCCGCAGCUUGCAGGAUGAAGAAGAAUUGCCUGGCAAGGGCUUGGGAACUCUGAGAGGGGAUGGCUACCUACACCCUGUUAAGAAAUGGCCAAUGAGAUCACGCCUAUACAUUGGAGCAUCAGGACAGUUUUUGAAUCCCUCAGUGCAAACAGAAAAUGUAAAUCAAGGAGAAGCCUCAACAAAUUCUCAAAUUUAA